AUGUCCGCCCCAGGCGGCGGCGGCGGCAGCCGGCGCCCCUGCGCGUCCCGCGCCCCCCGCCGCGCCGCGCCGGAGCCCAACGAGAACGACGACCUCGCAGCAUCGCCCUCCCCCUCGGCGGCCGCCCCGCCCUUCUCGCUGCCCCCGCGGUCGCCCCUCGCGGCCAUCGCCGACCCGGGCAGGAACCCGCGGUCCGCGCCGGGGACGCCCAAGUCGCUGGCAGGCACCCCCAAGGCCUGCGCGGCGGCGUCUGGGGUCAGGGAUCGGAGCUCCUCCAUUGGCGGGGCCGCGAAGAGGGUGUUUGAUCUGAGGGAUCUGGCCGCCACGGAAGUGCCAGUGGAGGUGCCGCAUUUUGAGCUCGACGAGGACCCCGCCUUCUGGAUGGAUCGCAAUGUGCAGGUUUUGGUACGAUUAAGGCCAAUCAGUGCCGCCGAGAGCACUGCAUAUGGUCAGAAAAGAUGUUUGAUACAGGAUAGCUCAAAGACAUUGAGCUGGACAGGACACCCUGAAACAAUGUUCACGUUUGAUCAUGUCGCAUGUGAAACAAUAUCACAGGAAAAGCUGUUUAGAGUAGUUGGUCUACCAAUGGUGGAGAACUGCAUGUCUGGAUACAACGGCUGUUUGUUUGCCUAUGGCCAGACAGGGAGUGGAAAAACAUACACAAUGAUGGGAGAGCUUAGCAAGGAUGGCAAUGAGCUUAGCAAUGAUUCUGGCUUGACACCUCGUAUUUUCGAGUAUCUAUUUGCUCGGAUAAAGGAGGAAGAGGAAAGGCGAAGAGAGGACAAACUGAAGUAUAUCUGCAAAUGCUCUUUUCUGGAGAUAUACAAUGAGCAGAUAACUGAUCUACUUGAACCAUCAUCAACUAAUCUUCAGAUCCGUGAAGAUAUAAAGAAAGGCGUAUAUGUUGAGAACCUAAUGGAGUGUUAUGUGUCAUCUGUUAAAGAUGUUAUGUUGUUAUUAUUACAGGGGGUUGCAAAUAGGAAAAUGGCAGCUACAAAUAUGAAUAGUGAGAGCAGCCGAUCACAUAGCGUCUUCACUUGUGUCAUUGAGAGUCACUGGGAAAGGGAUUCAAUGACGCACCUCCGCUUUGGGCGUUUGAAUUUGGUCGAUCUUGCUGGUUCUGAGAGGCAGAAAAGCUCGGGCGCUGAAGGAGACCGCUUGAAAGAAGCUGCGAACAUUAACAGAUCCUUGUCAACUCUUGGGCUUGUUAUCAUGACUCUAGUGGAUGUCGCAAAUGGAAAAAACCGCCAUGUGCCCUAUAGAGAUUCAAGGCUUACAUUUCUCCUCCAGGAUUCCCUUGGAGGAAACUCUAAAACAACAAUUGUUGCCAACAUCAGCCCGUCUAUUUGUUCCUCCAAUGAGACACUGAGUACCUUGAAGUUUGCUCAGCGCGCGAAGUUGAUUCAAAACAAUGCAAAAGUAAAUGAAGAUGCUUCAGGAGAUGUUAUGGCUUUACAAAGGCAGAUAGAAGAACUAAAGGAUCAAUUGACAUGCUUGAGGAAGCAGCAAAAUGCCCCUGAAUCGCCUAGCUUUCUCCUGCUAAAUUCAGACUCUGAUAGAGAAUGCAAUACUUUAGCUGAAGAUCAUCAAUCAAGCUGUGAUCUGAUUCUUCUAAAGCAAAAGGUUAGCCAUCUGGAAGAUGUUCUGGCUGGGAGCCUUAGGAGAGAGAAACUAGCUGAGGUGGAUAUCAGGAAGCUGGAAGCUGAAAUAAAGCAUUUGAAUCGUCUGGUUGACCUGAAGGAAUCUGAUUCCCAACGCAUGAGAAUGAUGCUGAAACUUCGUGAUGAAAAAUUAAAAAGAUUGCAUACGUUAGCUGAUGAUCUAGUGCCAUCGGAUGGCUAUAUGGUUGAUGAAAAUGCUGCAAUGUGCCAAGAGAUUCAGCUACUGCAAAAACAAAUCGACGAAAAUCCUCAACUGACUCAGUUUGCUUUUGAAAACAAGAGAUUAAUUGAGCAAGUUAGAACGCUUCAGAAUUUCCACAAGCAAGGGGAAAGAGAGAUGUUAUUAACAGAGAUAUCUCUUUUGCGUAAUCAUUUCCUUCAUAUUCUUGAGCAGAAGUAUACAGCACCUCCUAUGAAUUUAGAAGUACAGGGCGAUGAGAUUGUCAAGGAUCUAGAUAAUUGCAGGAAGGAGCUGGAUGCAUGCUUAGAAAAUAAUGUUCUACUUGCACGUGAAGUAAAUAAGCUGCGUUGUGAACUGAAACAAUACCAGAUGUCUAGCAAGCACCAAGUUGCUCCGACGACAGAGAAGAACUGUGGGAUUCCAGAGAUCAGUCAGAUGCAACCUGAUCCAGUGGGAUGGAACUUUUCAUGUUUAACGCCCAAUGAUGCUGGAAUGGCAACUAAUGUUACGGAAUCAGUUCAACUCAAUCUUCCUUCAGAAAUUGCUUGUGAACACCAGGGAUCCUGUUCUCAUUUGUAUCACUUUGAUUCAGAAAUAUGUGAUUUGAAUGAUUCUACAAAAGUGCCAGAGUUUAGUGAUGAAGUGUCUCAGUGCUACAACUUGGCUCUUGGAUCUUCACAUAAUGUACUUGACAAAGACACUAUUCUUAGUGGACAUGUAGAAGAUGAAGAAACAUUGCAACAACAGGAUGAGAUAGAUCAAAUACAUGAAAACGUACCAAGCAUGGAUAAAUGUUUGCAUGUUGAGACUUCAUUGUGUCAUCAAGAGACUGAAAUAGUGGGCUCAAGCAAACAUACAUUACAGGCCGAGUUGGCGCACUUUAAAAGCAUAAAUCAAGAGCUCCAGGAGAAGCUAGUUAUUAUGGCUGAAGAAAGUGCCAGGCUUGCAGAGAUCAUUGUGGCCAAAGAUGUAGAAAUUGCCUCUUUAUCUGAGGAAUGGGAGGUUGCAAUAGUUGAUCUAACAAGCUUCUUGACAGAUGGCUGUAGAUCACUAGACGAUGCAUAUCAGAAUUUUGAUAAUAUGAUUAAUUCAUUUCCUUACAGCAAUAAUUCUGUCAGCGAACAUGUGGAGAAGGCUAUGAAAGUUAGCAUUGAAAAGGAAAAAAUAAUCUUCAGGCUUCAAAUUGAGCUACAGGAUGCACAGCGAAUGGUCAGGGAAGUGAAAGAAAAGUUGCACAUCUUAAGAGGUGCAACACUUGCUAUCACUGAAGCUCAGCAAUUAUAUAAUGAUGAAAGUUCACAGGAAGCACAAAGACAAGUAAACUUGCAGCAAAAGGAUUGCAAUGUGGAACGGAAAAAUGGCCUCUUGUCAGAAGCAGUAGAACAAUCUCGUGAUGAACCUCUAUUCCUCGACAGCUUGAAUGACAUGAGUGCACAACAGACUGGUAGUGAAGAUGGAUCAGCAGUCAAUAAAGCUAAUCCAGACUACGAGUCAAAGCUCGGCGAUGUGUUAUUUCUUGUUGAGGAUAAGUCAAAUAAGGUUUUGGCCUUAUUUUCAAAUUUUGAGGAUGCUCAGGAAACCAUGAAAGAGGCUGAACUUAUGCUCUCGGCUUUGUUGAAGGCCAAUGAGGAGUUAAAGCUUGACAGAGAUAAUUGCAGCCAAGCAGUGGAAUCUUUAUUGGCGGAGAAAACCUCUCUGGUCAAUGAGUUGCAGGAGCUUGAAGCGUCAGGUUUUUGUACAGCACAGAGUUGCAGCAAAUUAAAUCAGCAGAUGGAUGAAUGUACCAACGAGAUGACAACCAUUGCUACUCUAAUGAAGGGAUCUUUUCACCAUUUGCAAAGGGUUGCUACAAUGGAACUCUUUGGGCUUUGCUCGGAAAUUAUAAAUAUUGGGCAGGACUUAAAGAGGUGGAUAAGUGAUUCAAGAUCUUAUCUGGUAAACUUUGUAUCACUUCUAGAAGAAAAAGAUAGUUCUUCAGUUCAGCAGCUCCAUCACCUUAACGUAAACCCUUGUACAUGCACGUGUCAACAAGUUGGUUCAUGUGACCUGGGUAGCAGCAAUACUAUGUUUCUUCAUGAAACUCAAGCAAUUCCUGACAACUCUAGGAAGCAUAUUAUAUCUAUAACCGGUAUGGGUGAUGAAGGAAAGGACACAUCAUCCAUGCAUGUAGUAGGCAGUGCUGCUGAACUUGAAGUUUUUAAUGCAAACAGUGCAUACGAUAUGGCUGUUAUUAAGGGCAUAGUUUUCAGUAUUGCUCAACAGUGGGAUGCCUUCGUCAACAAGGUGUCCUGCAUUAAAAAUGCUGAGACAUAUCCAGGUGUUGCUUGCGAUGAACAAAACUAUGCAAACCCUCUUGAUGCACUUGCAAAAUUAGAUAGCAAACAACUAUACUCAGCUGUUCCACAGCAAUGCAAGGAAAAUAUAGAAGAUCAUUCUGGAGAGGAAGACAAUACUGCUCUUUUGAAUGAUGUUCAGUGUCUCAAGCAUCAUUUGGCACAAUUAAUGAUCCCUCUGUCUAAAUUUAUUAAUAAAGAAGACAUUAUGGGGGAUGCAACAGAAAAUGAGAAGCAGUUUGUUACUGUUCUGAAUAAGGUGCAAGAUAAUUUGAUUUUUGCUAUAGAUUUUUUUGGUUAUCUGUUACUAUCUGAUCAAGAAGAUUCUCAGAAUGCACCUUUGCUUAGCAGGCUCCUUAAUGGCAUUAGUAAUAUUGAGAAGAAAGCCUUCACACGUCAGAAUAUAUGCUUACGGAAUGGCGAUUCUCAGGCUGGUUACAGUAGAGAGUACGCAUCACUAAGAAGAGACUUUGACAGGAAAAGUGAUGUUGCUGAAGGAUUGUCUUUUGACCUGAAAUUACUGCAAGAGUAUACCUCAUAUGCGAAGGACAUGAAAGAUAAAGCUGAUGAAGUAUCGAGUGCCCUUAGAAAGGUUCAACGAGAACUUGAAAUCAAAAAUUCUGAGACAGAAGACAUGUUGGCAAAACAGAAGACACUAGCGGAAGAACUGGCUGAAAAUGGGGCUGCACUCAUUAUUUUAAGAUCAGAAUUAGAGCAAUCUCAAGGUUCAUCAUCUGUAUUAUUGAAGGAGAACAAUGAUCUGAGAGUGAUGUUGGAAGAGGAAACUGUGAAGACCAGUGAAAUAAAAGCUCUGUUGGAAGACAAAGCUAAGGUCAUAGAGGGAUUGGAGAGUGAAAUUCUUUUGCUUAAUUCUUCUGAAGAGGGACGUCUUAGGUCAGAUAUUGAAGAACUAAGUAAUAAUAUCAAAAUAUUAUGUAAUGAAAAUGCAAAACUCAAAGCAGAGAUACUUAAGUUAAAUGACAAGCUUGAGAUGUCAAUGGCUUUAGCUGAGGAGAAUGAAGCUGCUGCUAUUGAAGCUCGGCAAGCUGCAGAGAUAAGUAAAAUCUAUGCAGAAGAGAAAGAUGAGGAGGUUACAAUUCUUGAACAUUCUGUUGGAGAACUUGAAUCUACAAUAACUGUUCUCGAGGAAGAGGUACGCAACCUUAAAGAGGAAGUAAGGAACUAUCAAGCGCACAAACAAUCUGAAGCUGAAUUUCAAGCAGUUGAAGAGAUGCUUACUGUAGAGAAUGCCUCAAAAUGUGAUGACAAUGUGGAAUUGUGUCCAGGGAGAUGCGAACUAAAAAGGAGAUUGCGAGCUGAGCUUAUUGCACAUCAAGGUACUAGAAGGAAGAUUGAAGGACUCAUAACGGAAGCAAAACGUAAAGAUGAGGAGAUAAGGCAGUGCAAAGAGCAUAUAGCUGAGCUGGUCCUGCAUUCGGAAGCACAAUCAUUGCUGUUUCAGGAGAAGUAUCAGGAAAUGGAGCACAUGGUUUCUAAACAGAACUUUGGUUCGCAUGAAUCUAAUUCUGAGGCUGUCCAUACAAAAGUGGAAAAGCCUUCAGGGCGGACCAGAGGGUCUGGUUCACCUUUUAGGUGCAUAUCUAGCAUUGUUCAACAACUGAACUCUGAGAAGGAUCAGGAAAUCUUUUUGGGCCGCCAGCGAAUUGAAGAACUUGAAGCGUUGCUUAGUGACAAACAGAAACAGAUAUGCUUGCUUACAUCAAGACUGGCAGCCGUGGAUAGCAUGACACAUGAUGUUAUAAGGGAACUACUUGGCGUCAAAUUAGACAUGACAAACUAUGCUAAUUUGCUUGACCUAGAAGAGGUGCACAAGUUGUUACUAGCAUCCCACGAACAAAUCGAACAAUCGAAGGUGAAGGACGAGGAACUUGACGUCCUCAAAGAACAAUUCGGCCAUCUCAUUCAAGAAAGAGACAGCUUGCUUGACGACAUGGACCAACGGAAGGCGGACCUGCUGGAGACCCAGCUGCUCGUGGAACAGCUCGAGCAGCGGGAGCAGAUGCUCGAGGCCCAGAACGAAAUGCUACAGAUGGAGAAGGACAACCUCCAGCAGAAGAUGAUGGAGAUGGACGAGACGAUCGAGCUGCUAGAACUAGAAGGCUCGAAUCGAGCCAGAAUGGGAGAUAGUCAUGGCCAGCGCUCGGCCGGCAGCGAGUUCAGCAGGAGGCUGGCGCAGUCGGACAUGCUGGUGUCCCACGCGCGGCACGAGCGCUCCCGUAACAACCACGCGACGAGCUCGCGGCCGCGGCACGGCAAGCACCAUUGACACGACACGGCCUGGCUGGCCGCUGCGCAGUACAUAAAUUGGAGCAGAUCAGAUCAGACACUGCUUGUGUUUGUAGUCACUGUGAGUUUGUAGAUCGGCGGCGGCGGCGCCGGCGCCAUCUCUCUCGCUGAGCAGGUCAAGUCAGAAUGGCGACGGCUGCAAAAGAAAUAUGUUGGUCCACGUGGUAUGAGUAUAUGUAUAUAAAGUUGAGACGACAUGUGUGAUGUGUGCGUUGUCUGUGUAUAUUUUGCGCUGUAUGUAUGUACACCUGCCACGUCUACACGGUGAGUUUUCCGGCUUUGGCUGCCUCCCUCCAAAGAACCGACUGCAUUUUAUACUGCCCAGCAGGCCAGGCCAGCACACAGCUUGAGGCAAAGAUUUGUGGAAGCACGAGCUGAUGUGUGUAUAUUGUUGAAGAUGGAUUUGUGCACUUUGAA